AUGCAUGAAAAAUCUCUAGCAAUACGAUUACACGAUUUACCAAAAAAUCAUCUUGACAUUGCGACAUCCUAUUAUAACAUUUCAUUAGUUUAUUUUAAACAAUGUGAUUACGAGAAAGCAAUUGAAUUUUUAAAUAAGACACUGGAGAUUGAAUUACAUUCAUUUCCACCGAAUCAUUUAAAUUUGGGAAAAACAUAUGAUACAUUGGCCGGAGCAUUAUAUGAACAAGGAAGCUUUAAAGAAGCAUUGGAAAAUAUGAUGAAAAGUUUUAAAAUUAAUUCAAUAUAUUUAUCACGUAAUCAUCCAACAAUAAUAGACAAUCUGGAGAAGAUUACUUUUAUGACUUGCAGAUAUGAACAGUGGCGACGAAGUAAUGAAGUGCGCGAAAGAUUUUCAGAAAAAAAUAAUUCUCCUGAGUAA